AGUCGCAUUAUGCACGUGCAGUAUCAGUUUAAAAAAAAACAUACCGGAAAGUUUCCUUCAUUUCACGUGUUUGAAGAUGACUUUCUAAUCUGUUCCUGUUGAGGUGUUGUUGUAUUAUUAAAUUAAAGCUCAGUUGGAUCAGACUGGCGGAUGCUCACUUACUGUAUCAGAAGACGCCUUUCUGUUUUCAGGCGCGCGAGUGUAAACCUCUCCCCCGUCCAUGAGCUGCUGCAGGUGUACAGACACUACGGGGAGAGCUGUGAUGGAGGAGGAUCGGAUCCAGCCAGGCUGAUGGUGCAGCUGUUACAGCAACGCUUCUUCAUCCCUCCAGAUCAGCACCAUGCUGUGUCUCUCCUCAGAGGCCAGGCCUGUGCUUAUGGACCCUUAGGAGUGGAUCUCAAAAGGAACAUACUGGAGCAGUGGUGGAGUUCUGUGGUCAGAUCAAGACCCCAGGUGUUUGGGAUCAGCACUCUUCAUGGAGUAGAGUCUAAGGGUGCAGGAGGGGAUGAGAAGCUUCUCAAAGGAAGGGGUGAAAGGGUGGGUGAGGUUCUUCGACAGAGACAAGCUUUUCGGACCGGUCUCUUUCAAGGUGCUUUGGCGCAGUGCGUCCCGUCCCUGGAGCUGAUGAACAGGAAGCUGCCGUUUGGUUUGGCUGAAACUGGUCUGUGUUACCAGCCUGAGGACCACGAUGACUCGGAUGCAAUCGGUUGCUCUUCAGAGGUGACCGAGGCAUCACUCGUGUGGUUCUGUUCCCACCGUACGUCCUCUCAGUGGCUCGACUAUUGGACACGCCAGAGACUGCAGUGGUGGAGAAAGUUUGCUCUAGGCCCGUCUGACUUCAGUGUUCGUGACGUUCGUGAUGACGAGCUAAAACAAGGCGCGCUCCGUGGAGCCAAGGUGCUCUACAAGUUCCCCUGGGGCACAGAGACGCUGGAAACGCUGUGGAUGCUCAGCGACGAUGAGCUGCUCAGGAGCCACACGGGAAGUCAAGCCGACCUGCGGUGCAGAGAUGGGAAGAAACUCAUUGUGCCUCAUGUCAUCUCUCUAAGUGCAAACGUGGAUAGAGGACUCCUGGCUGUCCUCUUUAACUCUUUACAGCACAUCGAGAAAGUGGACAGCAAGCAGAGACUUCAUCAGAGAACAGUGUUGAAGCUACAUCCUGCUUUAGCUCCUGUUAAAGUGGCACUGGACAUGGGCAAAGGAUCCAUCUCUGAGCUCAGACAGGUGUGUGAAGGUCUGCUUCAAGAACUCCUAGAAGAAGGGAUCAGUGCAUGGCCUGGAUACAUGGACACCACGCUUUCCUCCAUGGACAAACUCCACACCAAGUAUGACGAGAUGGGCGUGCUGUUUACAGUGAUGGUUGGAGAGAACACUCUGGAGAACGGGCUCCUGCUGGUUCGCAACCGAGACACUACCGUCAGAGAGACUAUGCACAUCUCCGAGAUCAGGCAGUUUAUUCUUACAUACAUAUCAACUGCAGAGAAAGUCUGAUCCGCUACUUACCAGACGUUUUGUAUUUCACGGACUUGUUGAGCCAUAAUGGUAUUGUAUUAUAGUUUAUUACUUUGACACUGAUCAGUGUUUAAUCUGUUAUUAAAGAAAAGCUCCUCCAUAUUAAAUAUGUUGAUACCAAAAUAUUAAUGAUGUGUUUAUUGAUUCCAGUGCUAGAUAUAUUGUGCUAGUUUUGGUUAUUUGGGUUGUUCGCUUUAGUAUGACGGGGCACAUUGCAAGAAGUUUUUUCUUUUCAACAAUAUUUUUAUUAUAUUUUUUUAUUGCCAGCCUUACAUGUCUAAGAAAUGGUUUCUAAACUAAUGAACAGUAAAGUAGGUCUGCUAAAAAAUAAAAAAUAAAAUUUUUUUUAACUUCUUUUUAUAAGCCUCAUGUCCAUAUGUACUACAAGGAUAGACAUGAAGCUUAUGAAAUGAAGCGAAAAAGAUCUGGGUUUUUUUUGUAUGCAAAGAAAAAAGAGGGGGAAAAAGUGAAAAACACUUUUAUACUUUUUAAAAUGUGCACAAGUAGAUCAAGCAUUUAAGGUGUAAACAAAAAAAAUGUCAACUUUAAAUUUAAUUACUGAAGAUCAUAUUGAUUCUCUUGAUAUGCUUGCUUAAUGCUGCAUAAAAUGUUGCUUUAAAAGACCCUUAAAAGCUUUUGUCAUGUUAUUAUGAAAUAUCACGUAAGGUAAACUAAGACCCACAUAAUUAUCUACAAAUAAACACAGAAAUGUAUGUAUUUGUGAUUUUUGCACUUCUGUUUAAUGAACUAAGUAAAUCUGCUGUAUCAAUAAAAGUACCUCAGGGCACGGUGCUA